ACCACCGUACCCCUGGAGACACAGUGAGUGACACCACCACGAGGAAUGGGCCUCUCAGCUCUGUGCCUGUCUCCAUUCAGGCUGCAACAAGUCUCCUCAUAAGCUCUGUCCUCCCCUGGAAUCAAGUCUCCUCAGCCUUCUGAGUCAGCCCGAGAGGGACAAGUACAAAUUCUGAUUGCAUGGAUUUCAAGUGAGUGCACCCUCACCCAGAACUAAGAAGGCCAAACUCCUACGAUUUUAGGAGAUCACGAGGACCCCACAGCUGUCUCAUAUCAGGAAGAAGAAACCCUUGUGUCCCAAAUGCAUCUUCAUGGGCUAAGAAGAAAUAUCCCACAGCACUAGCAGACAGAACAGAAAGGCAAGUAAUAAUGAAUGCAGAAGCCACAUCCAGACUCAAGAGAAGCUAAAAUUGGAUCUAGCCAAGGGUCACUUUGGCCAGAAAGCCAGACAACAUGGGAGAGAAAUAUGUGGUAUUCUGGGUACGUAACUGGGGAGACAAUAUAAUGGCCCAAAGCCUUAGACUGCUACUAGAAAAGCAGAAAAGAUGCCCUGAAGAAAGAGGAGUCAGGAAAGGAUCCAACUCUGUGGCCAAUAAAGACCCGUGUAUCUGUAGGUACUCACACAGUAGCAUGGGCAAGAGGCUUAGGGAAAGGGGAAAUACAUUACUGUGCUCCCCCUGCAAUCCCUCCAUGCCUUUUCUUUCAUUCUGGGCCCCACAGAGGUCUAGUGAUCUGGUCUUCUUCUGGGGAAGUUUCCUUAGCAUUACACAGACUUUUCAGCCUGAAUUGUUUAGAUUUCUGAAUCUCUCUCCCUAAACUACCAAUGGUAGAUGCAUAGAUGGUUGCAUGGAUAUAAGAUAUAAACUUUUAUCUUAUUUAAGGAUACAAUUAUCUGCCUAUUACAAAGGCUUCUCAUUCUCUGAUAGCAGUGUGGGCCCAUAUUUGGAAUCUCACAUUUGUCAAGGAGAGUAGCUAUUACAUCUUUACAUAAGAUCUGAGGAUAGGGAGAAGCGCAAAUAGUGGUCAGAGGUAUGAAUUCUGUGAUCUUUGGAUCUUGGAUUUGAAUAUUCUUUGCUUAUCCAUGAUGGGGAUCAUCCAAGUUAAACAUUUUAGUUCCUAUUUUAUCACACUAUAUUUUAAGACCGCUGUUCUCCAAACCCUCUCCCCUAAAGAGCAUCCCCCAAUUGCUGUAAAGACCCAGAUCAGGAGUGAUGAAGAAUCCUGGGGAGAUGAAUAACUUUACCUAUCAUUGAUGAAGAUACCUAUUGAGUUUAUUCCCAAGAUUCAGAGGUCCUUUUUCUUGAAGCCAAGCCCUUAGCUCUUUAGAGGCAAUUAGCUCUAAAGAAGAGGGUACCUAAGAAGCCUAGCAGGGAAAGUAUUUGAUGAGGUCAAAGCCUACGUGUUUGGGUGGCAUGGCAGGGGCAGAGCAAUGCUGGGCUUCCAAAGCUCUAGGAGUAUCAAGGAUCAACCCAAGUUUUCCCUAGGGCAAGAGUAUAGCCUGGAGGUCGCUUUCAGGUGCAGAGAGACAAAUCAGCCAGGAGCAGAGAGAAGAGCCUUCACAAGGGACAAGUCUGGCAGCUAGGAUCUGAUGGAGGCCACAUAUCUUACCAGCACCUUCAUCUCCAGAUAAGUCACUGGAGAGAGCUACUCCCUUCCAUUUGAUGACCCCAAAGGAGUUUCCAGACUUUUUUUUCCCCUUAGGUUUUUUUCUCAUCUUUUUAAAAAACUGUCAUUUUUGUGUUUCUUUUUCCCCUUGCUGACCUUCUACCUGGGAACCCAGAAUCCUGAAAAUUUGAAGGAAAAAAAUCCCCCUCCCCACUGGCUUCAUAUACCCAUUAUUCCCUUCUCUGUCUCACUCCUACUCAUGUUUGAAGACUGAUCAAAAGGAUUAUCUUUGUCAGGAAGUCUCCUCUGAUCAUGCCUCUCCCCAUCCUAUGCAUUAAAUGCACACCUUAGGCUAACACUCACCCCAAAGGUCUAAUAAUUGGGUUACUUGUCUAUCUUCCACCAUAGGCAGGGUAUCUGAAGAGCAAAAGAUGUGUCUUUCAUCUCUGUAUCAUGAGCAUCUAGCAAGUAGCCUUGUACAUAGUAGGUCAUAUAAGUAGAUGCUUAUAAAAAUGAAUGAAUAAUUGAGGGAAGAAAAAAAAAAGAACAUACCUGGAAAGGGUUCUCAAUAGGGUACCUCUUAACACCUGUCUGAGAAAAGGACCACCCAAUAUCUGGGUAGUGAAAGUGUGGGCCAGGAGGAGUCCAAAAGAAUUUGGAAAGGAUACAUUUUGGGAUAAACUUUGUUCUCCCUAGAUUCCAUUUUUUAAAAUGUAAAUGGGAGAUGCCUGAGUGCUUCAGUCAGUUGGGCAUUCCACUCUUGGUUUCAGCUCAGGUAAUGAUCUUGGGGUCCUGGGAUCAGACUCCACAUUGGGCUCUACACUCAGCAGAGUCUGCUUAUCCCUCUCCCUCUCCUCGUCCUUCCACUGGUGCUCUCUCUUUUGCUCUCGCUCUCUCAAAUAAACAAGUAAAUAAAUAAAUCUAAAAAAAAUUAAUGUAAAUGGACCUGGAGAGGAGCAAUUGAUAAAUGAGUUUUUUUUUUUAAUAUUUUAUUUAUUUAUUUGUCAGAGAGAGAGAGAGAGAGAGCACAGGCAGAGUGGCAGGCAGAGUCAGAGGGAGAGGCAGGCUCCCUGCGGAGCAAGGAACUCGAUGUGGGACUCGAUCCCAGGACGCUGGGAUCAUGACCUGAGCCGAAGGCAGCUGAUUAACCAACUGAGCCACCCAGGCGUCCCGAUAAAUGAGUUUGAACUAUCAUUUUCCCCUUGGAAGAGGGCUUCAGAGCUUAUGAAAGAGCCUAAAGGGCUUGGAAGAGUGAGAGGGAGGAGUAGGAGAGGGAGAGCUAAGGUGCAUUCAGUUUCCAGGUUUCCAGGGUUGGCCUCUGAUUGUGCUCCAUGUCCUAGCAGGCUAGCAGGUUGUCAGGGUGACCUCACCCUCUCCAGCGCCCCUUCUCGAUGCCAGCUAUGAGUUCCUGCAACUUCACACAUACCACCUUUGUACUUAUUGGUAUCCCAGGAUUAGAAGAAGCCCAUUUUUGGAUCGGCUUUCCCCUGCUUUCAAUGUAUGUCGUGGCAGUGUUUGGAAACUGCAUCGUGGUCUUCAUCGUAAGGACAGAGCGCAGCCUACAUGCUCCCAUGUACCUCUUUCUCUGCAUGCUGGCAGCAAUUGACCUGGCCUUGUCAACAUCCACCAUGCCCAAGAUCCUCGCCCUCUUCUGGUUUGAUUCCCGGGAGAUUACUUUUGAUGCCUGCAUUACCCAGAUGUUUUUUAUUCAUGCUCUCUCAGCUAUUGAAUCCACUAUCCUGCUGGCCAUGGCCUUUGACCGCUAUAUAGCCAUCUGCCACCCACUGCGCCAUGCAGCAGUGCUCAACAAUACAGUAACAGCCCAGAUUGGCAUGGUGGCUGUUGUCCGUGGAUCCCUCUUCUUUAUCCCACUGCCUCUGCUCAUCAAGCGGCUGGCCUUCUGCCACUCCAAUGUGCUCUCUCACUCCUAUUGCGUCCACCAGGAUAUGAUGAAGUUGGCCUAUGCAGACACGUUGCCCAAUGUGAUCUAUGGUCUUACUGCCAUACUAUUGGUUAUGGGCGUGGAUGUUCUGUUUAUCUCCUUGUCCUAUUUUCUGAUUAUACGAACAGUUCUACAACUGCCUUCCAAGUCAGAGCGGGCCAAGGCUUUUGGAACCUGUGUGUCACACAUCGGUGUGGUAUUAGCUUUCUAUGUUCCUCUCAUUGGCCUCUCAGUGGUACACCGUUUUGGAAACAGCCUUGAUCCCAUUGUGCAUGUUCUCAUGGGUGAUGUUUAUCUACUCCUGCCUCCUGUGAUCAAUCCCAUCAUCUACGGUGCCAAGACCAAACAGAUCAGAACUCGUGUGCUAGCUAUGUUCAAGAUCAGCCACGACAAGGACCCUCAGGAUGUGGGAAGAAGGUGAUCAUUACCACUCUACUUUCCCUUAUCUUUAAGGGCUUGACAUAAGGAUUUCCUAAAGCUAGCUUAAUUCUAGUUAUCUAUAAGCAUAUCAAUGAUUUUCUCUGCUGUGAACUCCAAAUUCUGCCUCUGCUUGCAGUGAAAGUUUGGAGGCUACUGUGAUUUCUUUCCAUAGGUCAAAAUGUUAUUGAUAAUGUUACUGUACCAAAAGUCAAAAAUAGAAAAUCCACCAAUGUUCCAAUAUGUAGUAAAAAAACAUAAAGAAGAGUGACAAAAAAUACAACUGGCUUUUUAACAGGGAAAAAAUUAUUCCACCUGACUAAUAAUCUGAGAAAUAAUAUAUUAAAUCAACAACUAGACAGCAUUUUUAUCUAUUAAAUUCACAGUUUUUAUUAAUGAAAAUUCACAAUGCUGUAAUAUAAAUGCAUGACCAUCAAAGGUGAUGGUAUGAUUGACAUAUGUAGCAAGAAUUUUUUAAAUUUUUUAUUUUUUAUUAACAUAUAAUGUAUUAUUAGCCCCAGGGGUACACGUUUGUGAAUCAUCAGGCUUACACAUUUCAUAGCACUCACCAUAGCAUAUACCCUCCCCAAUGUCCAUAACCCAACCACCCUUUCCCUACCCACCUCCCCACAAGCAACCCUCAGUUUGUUUUGUGAGAUUAAGAGUCUCUUAUGGUUUGUCUCCUUCCCAAUCCCAUCUUGUUUCAUUUAUUCCUUCCUUACCCCCCAAAUUCCCCACAUUGCAGCAAGAAUUUUUUUAAAGUUCUAUGCUUUAAUGCUAUAUUCUCACUUUUGGAAAUCUAUCCUAAAAAAAUAUUCCUAAAUGCAGAAAGCAUGUUUCUCAUAAAAUAUAUUGAUUACACAAUUAUUUAAAGAAAUCAUAUUUAAAAUACUAGGAUAUAAUACAUAAAAGUAAAGAAUAGUAAACUCAAGUAUGGCCCAUUUACUUAAUGGAAUAUUAUGUGUAAUAAUCUAUAUAAAAGGAAUAUUGGGUAACCUUUAAAUAAUCUGCUAUAAAAUGAAAAAUGCAUAUAAUAUUAAAAAUAAACAAUAAGGACACAUGAUUGAAAUUAACUUGAAAAGCACCUAUGCCUUGCCUUGAAGGAAAUGUGUUCAAAUUAAUAGUGACUCACUUUGGUUUUACUUUUUAAAGUUCUUUAUUAUGGAGGUCUUAUAAACUGACAUGUAACUUUCCAAAUGAAGAAAAUGAAAGUGAUAAUUUACAUAAAACAAAGCUUGUCACAGAUCUCACUGUUGGUUUACUAUGCAUUAUCUGGGAAUUUAUCUAAGCCCUACACAAUAAUGCCAAUGAACAGGUCUUGAGUGCUUACCAUGUUUUAGGCACUAUGCUAAGUACUUCAGAGGUUUUAUCUAAUCUUCAUGACAAGUUUUUGGAGUUGUUGACCCCCAUUAUAAGUGAGAGAAAGGAGGCUAUCAUUAACAAGAUAACUAAGCCGUACAGUUUGUGAGUGCUGUGCCAAGAUUUGAAACUGAAUUUGAUAACCAAAUACAGUCAUUUAAUUUUCAUGUUAUAUUGCUUCCUGUUAACAUCUGCCUUUUAUUUCCUGGACCUGUGUAAAUUCUGUUUGCUCUCUGCUGUGUGACUUAUAAAAUGAAUUAUGAUAUUUGUGUUGAGAGAUAACCCUGCCCUCAUGAGCAUCAAAUCCAGAGAACUGUUCAUGUUUUAUAGCCACAUUUCACAUUCCACAGUCUGUUUCUUUCCAGAUUAAGGAAAAUAUUUUUGUCUUUUUAUCUCUUACAUCUUCUCAAUCGUAUCUCCCUUUUUAAAGUAUAUUUUGUACCUGUCAAACAUUUUGAAUGUCUGGGCUUUAACUUAGGUAAAAGAUAUAAUAAAAUUUUAUUUUAAAUGUU